GCUGCCAACAACACAAGCAGCAUCACCAGGAAAAUGGAGGGAGGUGAGGAUUAGAAGACAUACGGCUGUGUUCCUGGAAGUGAUGCUUGUUAAAUAUUAAACAUCUUUAGGACAAUGACAUUUCACGAGUGCAUUGAGUGAGGCGUCACAUCAUAAGAAACCGGCAACAAACCUUGUUCUUCUUAAGUAGCAGGUCACUUCCUGCGGAGGGUGACAUGGAUUCGUCCUGUGCCCUGAGUGAGGGGAGAACUUCUCCCCCAAACUCCCUCCUCAUUGGUGGAGCUGGAGGGGGCGUGGCUCAUCGGAAGCGGCGUACGCUGGUGGCCCCGGACAUGAACUUGUCCCUGGACCAGAGCGAAGGUUCCUUGCUUUCUGAUGACUUUCUGGAGACCCCGGAUGAUCUGGAUAUUAACGUGGACGAUAUCGAGACCCCCGAUGAGACCGACUCUCUGGAGUUCAUCACCAAUGGCAACGACCUGGACUGGGAGGAUGAUACGCCUGUGGCCUCGGCCAAACCUCCCCCUGCUGAGAGCGACGUUGAAGGAGAUGCCGUGGACGGGUCCGGUGUCAACGGUCGUCUGUGGAGGACUGUGAUCAUCGGAGAACAGGAACAUCGAAUUGACAUGCAGGUCAUUCGGCCCUAUCUACGUGUCAUAUCACAUGGAGGAUACUACGGCGAGGGUGUGAACGCCAUCAUUGUGUUCUCGGCCUGUUACCUUCCCGACAGCAGCUGUCCAGAUUAUCAUUAUCUCAUGGAAAACCUCUUUCUGUACGUGGUGAGCAGUUUGGAGAUGCUGGUGGCGGAGGACUACCUGAUCAUUUACAUUAAUGGAGGAACGCCUCGCAGUAAAAUGCCAGGCAUUAGCUGGUUGAAGAAAUGCUAUCAGAUGAUUGACAGAAGGCUGAGAAAGAACCUGAAGUCACUCAUCAUCACUCACCCGUCCUGGUUUAUCCGGACCGUCCUGGCCAUUUCCAAACCCUUCAUCAGUGUGAAGUUCAUGAAUAAGAUCCGUUACGUGCACAGUCUGGAAGAACUGGAGAAGAUCGUCCCGUUGGAGCAUAUUCAGAUCCCAGAGUGUGUCUUACAGUUCGAAGAGGAAAGAAUUAAAGCAAGAAUGGAGAGUAUGGAGCAGGAGCAGAGAGAUCAACAGCACAAACAGCAAAAGGACUCGAGCAAUCCAGAGAGGACAACAGCUAUUGAAGAUCAUGGACACUGAAUGGGAAAGCCUAUAAGCUACACACUACUCUUUACUGCUGAUCUUGGACCGUCUUUCAUAUCUUAUAUAAUAUAUACAGUAUAUAUACACUGUAUAUUAAUACAUAUAUUAGGAAACUUCAAACUCGUCUCAGAUCAGCAAGAAAGAGGAGGAACGUGCUUACUUUGGUUUGCCAAGGCACAAAUUACAACAGGGGGUCUGAAUAUCCACCAACAGGUUGCGCUUUUGCUUUGUCCAAAAGCAGAUGUACUGCUGCAUUCAACGUAAUAUUUGAAAUAGGCCGUUCCCUGCUUUAUGUCCCUAACCAGUGUCAUCUUUACGAAUGUCAUGUGACCUGUCACCUGCCUAAAUCUGCUCGAUUUGAUGGGUGGUGCAUGUGGGUUAUGAGCCGUCGUUCUUCCUCUGUACUUCUCCCUGUGCCCUAAACGAAUGCAACUUGAUAUUUGUUUUAUUUGUUUCGCUUGGAAUGUAUUAUUUUCAUCUUGUUUCAUUAUAAGCUUUUGUAAAUGAUAAGUGUCAGUCAUAUUACUCUGAUUGUUUGGCAUUAAUGUGCAGUAGCGUUUUUGUUGCCUUAUGUUUGAUAAGAUCCUAAAUGAAACAUUCUGGUGUAC